UAUAGCUAAACCCGCAAUCCAGCUAAGAAAACGUUUAACAGAUAAUAAUAAUAAAAAAGACAUACAGAAACUCUCGCAGAAAGACAACGGGUUGCAACGUCUGGACGGAUUGCUCACCCCCCUUCUUCACCUGCCGCUGGUAUUUUAGUUCGUCACUUUCCGUGUCUGCCGAGCAGUGACGAAGCUUCCAGCAGCGGUUACAGCGCGAGCUGUAUAUAAACGGCUCCGCGGGUGCACGAGCUGCCAGAGAGGCUCGAGCCAGCACCAGGGACAGCAUCAGCGUUCACAUCAUCACAUCAACACCGCGGCUUCGUGUACUCCGCGUCACCCCGACCCAUUCACCCCAAACGCCGUUUAAACACCGUUUAACCACCCGACGAAAGAGAGGGGAGGAUGGAGCCGAAGAAGGGGCGCGCUUUUCAGUCUUCGGUUUAUUUUUCUGUCACCCGGUUUUUUAUUCUGGCAUGUAUGGUCGUUUCCGAGGUGACGGGGCAAGAGAAACAGCUUCCCAUUUGUACAGAGUCGGAUUACCAUUACCAGUACACUGAAUGUGACAGUGUGGGCUCCAGGUGGAGAGUGGCUGUGCCUCACACCCCAGGAAUCUGCACAGGCCUGCCAGACCCAGUGAGGGGAACAGAGUGCUCUUUCUCCUGCAAAGCGGGGCAGUUUCUGGAGAUGAAGACGCAGUCCUGUAAAGAGUGCGUGGAGGGCACUUACUCCCUGGGGACCGGCGUGAGGAUUGAUCAAUGGGACACACUUCCACCAGGAUUUUCAAACACUGCAUCAGACCCCAAUGGGGAGUACGCUGACGACAUGGCAAACUGCUCCAAUUCGAUAUGGAAACCCCAGGGAGAUUACAUUGCCUCUAACACAGAUGAAUGCACCUCCACACUGAUGUAUGCUGUGAACCUUAAGCAGUCUGGCUCCAUCUCCUUUUCCUAUUUCCACCCCGACAGCAGCAUUUUCUUUGAAUUUUUUGUUCAGAAUGACCAGUGCCAGUCUACGGCCGGACAAAGCAGGUGGAUGAAAAGCACAGAUAACGAAUGGACUUCCCAUUAUCUUCAGUUGGGUCAUGGGAAUAAUGUCCUGUACUGGAGAACUACAGGGUUCUCAAUGGACACCAGCGAUCCGAAGCCAGUUCUUGUUAAGAAUAUUAUCAUCACAGGAGUUGCAUACACGUCCGAGUGUUUCCCCUGCAGGCCUGGUACCUACACCUCCAAAAGGGGCUCUUCGGUCUGCAAUCCCUGUCCCAAGAACACAUACUCGAACAAGGGAGCUACAGUCUGCCAGCAGUGUGACCAAGACAAAUACUCAGAUACAGGAUCAGGGGCAUGCCAACAGCGUUCCCCUUGCACCCAGCAAGACUAUUUCUACACACACACCCCUUGUGAUGCCAACGGACAGACCCAACUCAUGUACAAAUGGAUUGAGCCAAAAAUCUGCAGUGAAGAUCUGAAAGGAGCAGUCAAGCUGCCAGCCUCCGGCGCUAAGGUCGCAUGCCCACCUUGCAACCCGGGCUUCUUCCACACCAACAGCUCCACUUGUGAGCCCUGUCCCUAUGGAUCCUACUCAAACGGAACAGAGUGUGAUAAGUGCCCUGCUGGAACAGAGCCUAUACUGGGCUUUGAGUACAAGUGGUGGAAUCAGAUGCCAGCUAACAUGAAGAGUCUGGUUAGUGGAGAACACAGUGACUUUGAAGGACAAGUCGCGUGGGAGGCUGCUGGAGAAUACAUCUACACACCUGCUGUGUCUGCUAACGAUUACAUGAUGCUGGUCAUGACUCUUUCUGGAUUUAGAUUGCCACAGCAUGUUGCAACAGACUCGGAGAACACAGAACUUGCAAGGGUAACGUUUGUCUUUGAGACAAAAUGCACAACUGACUGUCAGUUCUACUUCUUGGCGGGUGAAAAUGAAAGAAUGAACACUCUUGUGGAGCAGUGGAGCCGCUCCAAGGAAAAGCAGUCUUACUCAUACGUUGUGAACUCAAACUCUACUGUCAUGUUCACAUGGGCUUUCCAGAGAGCUGCAGGCUUUUCAAACGAAUCAAGAUACAAUACUGAUGUUGCCAAGAUCUACUCUAUCAAUGUGACCAAUGCCAUAAACGGAGUGGCCUCAAGCUGUCGCCACUGCGCCCUGGGCUCCUCAAAGACAGCAUCUUCAUGUGUCCCCUGCCCCUCUGGACACUACAUAGAGAAGGACAGCAGUGCCUGCCGCCAGUGUCCCCCAAACACAUUCCUGAGCCGGGAGCAGCCCUACGGAGAGGAGGCAUGCGUUCCCUGUGGACCGAAGACACGCAGCAACAUGAUGCACACCACUUGUUUCAGCGACUGCAAGUUUGCCUUCCCCGACGGUGAGCGGACACUGCAGUACGACUUGAGUCAUCUGCCCACCAGAACCACCUUCAACAGUGGACCCAGUUUCACACCCAAAGGACUGCAGUACUUCCAUCAGUUCAGUGUUAGCCUUUGUGGAAAUGAGGGUAAGAAACUGGCUUCCUGCGUCGACAACGUCACCAACGCCAGGACAGUGAGCUCUUACGCAUGCCAGUCUACCAUCAUACCUUCUGAUGUGAGGGGUGUGAAGACGGUAGUGUCCUCUCAGCCCGUCAGCCUCGCAGAUCGGCUCAUAGGGGUCACCACUGAAACCGUGCUUGACAACAUCACCUCUCCUGCUGAUCUGUUCCCUACCAAAAGCAGGAUACCUGAUGUCAUAUUCUUCUACAGGUCUUCUGAAGCAACCCAGUCUUGUAAGAACGGGAGGGUUACCACAAUAAGAAUGAGAUGUGACACAGCAGGAUCGGCAGUGCUUUCAGUGCCAAGCAAAUGCCAGGAAGGAACCUGCGAUGGCUGCGCUUUCCACUUCCUGUGGGAGACGGCAGACGCCUGCCCUCUGUGUUCAGAGAACGAUUAUCACAAGAUCGUGAGUGCCUGUAUCCAGGGAAUACAGAAAACGACCUACGUGUGGCGCGAGCCCAGACUGUGCACGAGAGGAGCCGCUUUGCCUGAGCAGACAGUGAACGCCUGCAAGACUCUAGACUUCUGGCUGAAGCUGGGACUCUCCACCGGAAUCAUUGCAGCUCUCUUACUGGUGACGGUAUCCUGUUACUUCUGGAAGAAAACGCAAACGUUAGAGUACAAAUACUCCAAGCUAGUGAUGAACUCCAGCCUGAAGGACUGUGAGCUGCCAGCUGCAGACAGCUGUGCCAUCAUGGAGGGAGAGGACGGGGAGGACGAUUUGAUAUUCUUAACCAAAAAAUCCAUCUUCGGGAAGAUCAAGUCAUUUACCACUAAGAGGACAUCAGAUGGGUUUGACUCUGUUCCAUUGAAAUCCUCUUCCGAACACAACGACAUGGAAUUAUAGACCCUGCCAUCACCCCUGUGCUGUCACAGGGAACACACUGCCUGUGUGUGAAUAAUACACUUAGAAGGGAAGAUCUGAACUGGCCUUACGUUUUAAAAGUGACCUUACGUGUUUACACUUGACAAGCGUCUUUUUUCUAUUUUCUUUAAUACCACUUUUUUUUACUUUCAUUAAAAGGGAACUUAAAUCCUUAAAACCUUAAAGUAAAAAAAAAAAAUAUUAUUAUUUAUAAGUCCUGGAAUCUAGAUGAAGAUGACCAGAGAUGUGCUCAGAAGAUUUCAUAUUUCAUAUCCGAAAAAAAGGGAACACAUUUAUUCAACAACCUGAGCUUUCAUUUUUAAUGCAUUUUAUAACCUUGUUAUUUUAAUAUGGGUAACAUUUGAACACGAAUGCUGUUAUGUGAGAUGCCAAUUUCAAAGUGCUUUUUACAAUACAGGGAUCCUUUUUACUGUUUAGUAUUGUGUUAUUUUAGUUUUUUAGCAAUAUCAAUGAAAACGGACAGCUCUGAAUACUCUAGAAUGCUGAAGAAACCUUAUGCUUUUGUACUAGAUUCUCUAAAUGUUUAUCUUUUGUAUAUUUUUCCUGAACUGUUUCCCCUGAAGUUAUUAAGUAAUGUAUAUGCUGCGUUUGUUAAGUAGGUAUGAUGCCAGCCUGUUUGUUAGCAGUUGUUUCUGCUUGUGUUAUCCAUAACUUCAAAAUGCCCAGUCAGGUAGGUGAAUGUUUGAGCCAGUCCUUCAGUACCCUAUAAAGACACAAGCCAAACCCUUUGUAUGUUUGACUGGCUGUCUUAGUAGUUUUUCCUUUAUGCAUUCAUUGAUUUAAACAAAGGGAGGUAUUUUAGCAGCAGAGUGAAGCUCUUACAUUCAUACUGUCUUGCAGACGAUAAGACUCUGAGUCAUGUCAUAAAUAAUUAGCACAUCUAGUCUGCAGGGCAUUUCCUUCCUGGAAAAUCUCAGGGCUGUCCUUCCUGUAAACUGUACACACAGAAGUGGAGAAACGUCCCAUAGAUUCCAAGUGUUACUGAGUAUAUAUAUAUAUAUAUAUAUAUAUUAUACACAAUCCCUACUGGCAUUGUUUAAAACAUCAAUAUAAAUGGCCUUUUAAAGAGAGUGUAUAUUCUUAAAGAAAUGCUCUGUUUAAAUCUUCAGUAUAAAGCAGAUAUUUAUUCAGAGGCUAAACCUGCACUAUGUAACCCUUUGUAAUGGAUUUGACUACAGCCUAAUAUUAGCUUUUAGAGGUACGAAUGUAUUUUUUGAUGUUGAAAUUAGUUUUAUUCCACCUACUUGUUGAAAUAUCUUGACACAGAAAAGGGUUGUUAUUUUCUAUGGAAGCUUUUUUUUUUGCUGGGGAAAUAAAAUACUUUAUUUACACUU